GCUCCGCGAUGGAUCCUGCGAAGGUCCGAUCCAGGGCUGAUGUUGCUCGUCUAGGUUGCUAGAGUUGCACUAGGGACUGAGCACUUUGGGGUUCGAGGUAUUCUGAUUUGGAUGAUGGCGAGUUUAGAUGGAUGGCGGGAGAUGUAUAAAGGGUUUCAUAUCCCAUACGAAACUCCAUUAUCAUCACCAUUACCGCGCGUACAGCAAACAGUCCCGACAACUUCGACACUCCCAAAUCAAAUCAAACUUCUUCCUUCCAUCACCCUCUACUCAAAUACCAUGCGCAACGCACUCACCGCCCUCCUCCUCACCGCGCCGGCCGUCCUGUCCCUGCCUAAGCCUUUUCCCGCUGCAACCCCACGAAACUAUGGCUCCUGGGACAUCAGCACGACGUACAUGAACGUCCCCAGUAGCGCUUUCUGGCGCAACGUAACCGCCGUCUACACCAACAGCGAAGAGAGCCUGCAUCUUAUCACGGAAUGCAAGCAGCAAGGCGGGCCAGGCAAUGAAGAGAUCAAUGAGUGCGACAAUGCGGACUUCAAGUGGACAUUGGAGGGGGACGCCGAUAUUCAAGUGAGCCAGAAGGUGCAGUUCAGUGACGGGGUAAAGGAUUUGGUUGGAGCUGGGACUUUGGAUGUCACCUGUGCUACGCAGCGGGCGUGCUGGGGGAGCGGGACCGUGAAGGCUUAUCCGGCGUAGUCGGGGUUCUUUGUGGUGGUCUUGAGCGAGCAAGAAGAGAGUCCUUCGCA